AUGAUCAAUGCCGUCCUGGUGUUCAACAAUAAUGGGCAGCCGCGACUGACCAAAUUUUACACUCAGCUAGCAAGUCGCUCGAUAGAGAUAUUUGACUUGGUAUCUGCAAGACCAUCGUCGGCUUGCAACUUCCUGCCUUUGCCUCCUCUUCUCGCUCCUGCUGGUGUCAGUUCCUCGCCUGAUGCGCCAACACAAAUCACGUAUCGACACUACGCUACACUGUACUUCAUUUUGAUCUCAACUUCUACAGAGUCACCGUUAGCCUUACUGGACUUCAUCCAGGUCUUCGUUGAAGCGCUGGACAGACUAUUUGAAAAUGUUUGCGAGCUCGAUCUAAUCUUCGGCUUCGAGACGAUGCAUGCUGUUCUUGGUGAGAUGAUUGUCGGAGGAGUGGUUAUAGAAACUUCCCUGGAGAAGAUCGUGGCUGGUGUGAAGGAGUCUGAAGGACUAAAGGGCAAGCGACGGGCAGUCAAUGCCUCUUCGUCCUCGAGUUUGGGUAAAGGUUCUGGUUUUGCUGGUCUAGGCUGGCCCACAGGAAGUGGUGGCUCCUGGAGAUGA